GGGGUGGCGGCUAUGGAAGAGGACACGUUGAAAGCGGCAGUUUCUUUCGACCAGGCGGCAAAAGUUGCCACUUCCUGGGUUUUUGAUUACAUGUUUGCCACUUUGUGUCAUUACUUCUGUGACGAUGACCGGGCGGAGGAUUUUCAGCGGACGUGCAGAGCAAUGGAAGUGAUUCUGGAGGGUAUACCUACACUGGAUUCAGAGACGUCAAAGGCUGUCUUAAUCUCACAGUUUCUCACCCGUGUUGCAGAAGGAAGACAUCUUGAUGUACAGUAUGAAACAGAUGAGAAACUCACACCUCUAGAAGCAGCUGCAGUGGUGUUUGAUCAGAUUAUUGAAGAAGAUGAUGACCUGAGAGUUCUUCAGGAAGAAAUAAAAACAUUGGUUAAAGUUCAGGCGAUAGCAGUUUGCAUGGAAAAGGGAAGAUUUAAGUUGUCAUCAGAAGUUCUUGAUCGACAGUUUGAAGAAUCUGAGACGAAUAAGUAUCUGAGAAUGAAAAUGUCUAUGGUGGUUGGUAAAAAAGACCCAUAUCAUGAAUUCCUUGAAAAUUUCUCUUUUACCAAAAUGUUAAAGAAAAUCAAAUCUUACACAAGUCUUACACUGGACAGAAGACCCCCUGUUUUUUUGCUACAGGCAGCAACAAAAAUGGUAGAAGCUAAAAGGAAAAUGGAAGUCCAAACGAGCGAAAACAUAGUUCAUGAACCACUAAGUGAUAUAAGGGAGAACAAAAACCAACAAGCACAAUCGGAUGAUGAUAAAAAAAUUAAAUAUUUGCUAUGUUCAAACUUUAUAUUUUGUAGCUUACAAAAGGAAGACAUCGCUACAAGUGAGUGUGCAGACAUGUCUGAGGAGAAGAGCAGCGCAGAUCAAAAUGAAUCGACAGGGGAAGCCGCACAUAUUACAGAUAAAGCAACAGAAAGACCGCUGAGGAGACUCUUUUCUUUGGAGCGAGGCACACCAUGGCAUCCAGACAAAAUGUGCAAGAGGAUAAUAAGCAAACCCAUUACAGGAAAACAAAACUCUGAUACGUUAGAAAGUAUACCAUGUGAACAUCUUGAAACUUCUGUUAAUUCUGCAACAAUUAAGAAAAGACAGCCUUGGACCUGGGAAGAAGAUGAGCUAUUAAAGAAAGGAGUAAAAAAAUAUGGAGCAGGGAACUGGAGUAAAAUGCUAGUCCACUAUAGAUUCAACAAUCGCACUGGUGUCAUGCUGAAGGAUCGCUGGAGAACCAUGAAGAAACUGAACAUAGUCCACGAUGAGUGAUUGAGUGAUCAGUCAAAGAACUGGCUGCAAAUUGGGAGGAUUCCCUUUUUUUUUAAGCUUCUGAGCUAAAAUGUUGCACAUUAUUAACCAAGGGAAGUACAUUCUCACUUCAUGGAAUGCUGCAGCUUUCUUUUCUUUAAAUUGUUCCUAAUUUUAGACCUAGCAGUAUUAAAGAGGUUUUUCCAACAUUUCAAGCCCAGCUUUCUGUGCGCAGUUGAAAAAACCAUACUCGCCUGCUCCCCGCCACUCCUUUCCGAGUCCCUAGCUCAUUUCUGCGGUUUUCCGAUCAUCGUCCUGCAAACUUCCAGGCAGACAGGGUCACGUGGACCACUGCAGCUAAUGAUUGACCUCAGCGGUGAUGUCUUCCCGAGCAGGCCUGUCACUGCUGGGUCACGUGCCGCUCGGGAACACGUCACUGGCUGCAUAGGUGCACAUGAACCCGUCCUUUCAGAAGUUUACAGUAUGGGGACCAGAAGACCGCCAAAGGGAAUCUGAAAGGAGCGGCAGGGAGCAGGUGAGUAUUGUUUUUUUCAACAGGUACAGAAAGUUGGGCUUGAAAUAUAAAAAAAUGUG